ACGAGUCCCCUCUCUCUCACACCCAUUUCCAUUCUAGGGUUUCAAAACUGCAACAAAAUUUCAGAAAAAAACGCUAACGCACACACUCAAUAACUCAAAAGUACAUUCAUAUUACUUGCACUAUAUCAGGUUCCUGAGCUGAAAAUCCAAAAAAAUGGAUCGGGAACAAAGAACAACUAUCAAAAAGUAGAAACAUUCAAUUGAUUUCAAACAAUCAAAACUGUUUUGAUCAUUGUUUCUCUGGGCCCAAAAAAUGUACGGCGGAGAUGAGUACGAUCCGAGUAUGAAUUAUCACGGUGAUGGUGUAGUGGAAGCGUACGAUGAGGAUGAGGAAGAAGAGGAGCAGGAGAUCACUCAGGAGGAUGCAUGGGCGGUGAUAAGUGCCUACUUUGAAGAGAAGGGUUUGGUGAGGCAACAGCUCGACUCCUUCGAUGAGUUCAUUCAGAACACAAUGCAAGAGAUCGUCGACGAGUCUGCCGCUAUCGAGAUUCGACCCGAGUCUCAGCAUAACCCCGGCCGCCACGCCGACUUCGUCGAGACAAUCUACCGAAUCAGCUUCGGUCAGAUAUACCUGAGUAAACCCAUGAUGACAGAGUCUGAUGGAGAGACUGCCUCUCUUUUCCCAAAGGCGGCAAGGUUGAGGAACUUGACCUACUCAUCCCCCUUGUAUGUAGAUGUCACAAAGAGAGUUGUUAAGAAAGGCCAUGACUGUGAAGAGGUCACUGAGACACAGGAGUUUACUAAAGUUUUUAUUGGGAAGGUCCCAAUAAUGCUCCGUUCAAGCUAUUGUUGUUUGUAUCAGACCUCAGAGAAGGAUUUGACUGAACUUGGAGAGUGUCCAUUUGAUCAAGGUGGGUAUUUCAUUAUCAAUGGGAGUGAAAAGGUUCUGAUUGCUCAGGAGAAGAUGAGCACCAACCAUGUCUAUGUGUUUAAGAAAAGGCAGCCUAACAAGUAUGCUUUUGUGGCCGAGGUUCGGUCUAUGGCGGAGUCCCAAAACAGGCCACCCAGUGGCAUGUUUGUCAGGAUGCUUUCUACCACAAGUGCCAAAGGGGGAUCUUCAGGGCAAUACAUCCGUGCUACCCUUCCGUACAUAAGGACUGAAGUCCCAAUUGUAGUUGUGUUCAGGGCAUUGGGAUUUGUUGCAGACAAGGACAUAUUAGAGCACAUAUGUUAUGAAUUUUCUGAUAUUCAAAUGAUGGAUUUACUUCGUCCUUCCUUGGAAGAGGCAUUUGUGAUUCAAAAUCAACAGGUUGCAUUAGACUAUAUUGGAAAAAGAGGAUCUACUGUGGGUGUCACACGAGAUAAGAGGAUUAGAUAUGCCAAAGAAAUCCUUCAAAGAGAAAUGCUUCCACAUGUUGGUACUGGGGAGUAUUGUGAAACUAAGAAGGCUUACUAUUUUGGGUAUAUUAUUCAUCGGCUUUUACUUUGUGCCCUUGGUCGAAGGCCAGAAGAUGAUAGGGAUCACUAUGCAAAUAAGAGACUAGACCUUGCUGGUCCUCUACUCGGAGGCUUGUUCCGAAUGUUAUUCAGAAAGUUAACCAGGGAUGUGAGGUCCUAUGUUCAGAAGUGCGUUGACAACGGGAAGGAUGUUAACUUGCAAUUUGCAAUUAAAGCGAAAUCAAUUACAAGUGGCCUUAAGUACUCUCUUGCUACUGGGAACUGGGGACAAGCAAAUGCAGCUGGCACUAGAGCUGGAGUUUCACAAGUUUUGAAUCGUUUAACAUUUGCAUCCACUCUCUCCCACUUGCGAAGGUUAAACUCACCCAUUGGACGUGAAGGUAAAUUGGCGAAACCGCGACAGUUGCACAACUCGCAUUGGGGAAUGAUGUGUCCUGCAGAAACACCUGAAGGACAAGCCUGUGGAUUGGUAAAAAACCUCGCAUUGAUGGUGUAUAUAACAGUGGGAUCAGCAGCACAUCCCAUUUUGGAGUUUUUGGAAGAGUGGAGUACAGAAAAUUUCGAGGAAAUAUCUCCUGCAGUAAUCCCUCAGGCCACCAAAAUUUUUGUCAAUGGUUGCUGGGUGGGCAUUCAUCGUAACCCUGAGCUCUUGGUGAAAACUCUACGACAGUUGAGGCGACAGGUUGAUGUCAACACUGAAGUUGGAGUUAUCCGUGACAUUCGUUUGAAAGAGCUCCGGCUCUAUACAGACUAUGGCCGGUGCAGUAGACCAUUGUUUAUUGUGGACAAACAAAAACUGCUUAUAAAGAAGAAAGAUAUCCUGAUUCUGCAGCAAAGAGAGUCCCCUGAGGAAAGUGGUUGGCAUGAUCUUGUGGCGAAAGGAUUCAUAGAGUAUGUUGAUACAGAGGAAGAGGAGACUACAAUGAUUUCCAUGACAAUAAAUGAUCUUGUAACUUCGCGGGUCAACCCAGAUGAGGCUUAUUCUGAAACCUAUACUCACUGUGAAAUUCAUCCGUCGCUAAUAUUGGGUGUUUGUGCUUCUAUCAUACCAUUUCCUGAUCAUAACCAGUCCCCUCGUAAUACGUACCAGUCUGCAAUGGGGAAGCAAGCCAUGGGAAUAUAUGUGACCAAUUACCAGUUACGAAUGGAUACACUAGCCUAUGUUCUCUACUAUCCUCAGAAGCCCCUAGUUACUACGCGUGCAAUGGAGCAUUUGCAUUUUAGGCAGCUACCAGCAGGCAUUAAUGCCACUGUUGCAAUUGCUUGCUAUUCGGGAUACAACCAAGAAGAUUCUUUAAUUAUGAACCAGUCUUCAAUUGAUCGUGGAUUCUUCAGAUCUCUAUUUUUCCGUUCAUACAGGGAUGAGGAGAAGAAGAUGGGGACACUCAUCAAAGAGGACUUUGGGUGUCCUAAUCGGGAUAACACCAUGGGAAUGCGACAUGGAUCUUAUGAUAAAUUGGAUGAUGAUGGCCUUGCACCUCCUGGGACAAGAGUCUCAGGUGAAGAUGUUAUUAUAGGAAAGACGACACCAAUGGUUCCGGAAGAGACUCAAGGACCAUCUUCAAGAUACACACGUCGUGAUCAUAGCACGGCCUUACGCCAUAGUGAAAGUGGAAUGGUGGAUCAGGUCCUAUUGACCACAAAUGCAGAUGGGUUGCGAUUUGUUAAAAUCAGGAUGAGAUCAGUUCGAAUACCUCAGAUUGGAGACAAAUUUAGCAGUAGGCAUGGGCAAAAGGGAACAGUGGGGAUGACUUAUACACAGGAAGAUAUGCCGUGGUCAAUUGAGGGAAUCACUCCCGACAUCAUUGUGAACCCACACGCCAUUCCUUCUCGUAUGACAGUUGGUCAGCUCAUCGAGUGCAUCAUGGGGAAAGUUGCCGCUCAUGUGGGAAAGGAAGGAGAUGCAACUCCUUUCACUGAUGUUACUUUAGACAAUAUCAGCAAAGCACUUCACAAAUGUGGGUAUCAAAUGCGAGGUUUUGAGACAAUGUACAAUGGUCACACGGGACGACAGCUGACUUCUAUGAUAUUCCUGGGCCCAACUUACUACCAGAGACUGAAGCACAUGGUGGAUGAUAAGAUCCAUUCUCGUGGGCGGGGUCCAGUCCAGAUCCUCACAAGGCAGCCUGCUGAAGGGCGAUCGCGUGAUGGAGGUCUGCGAUUUGGGGAAAUGGAGCGUGACUGCAUGAUUGCUCAUGGGGCUGCACACUUCCUCAAAGAGAGGUUGUUUGACCAGAGUGAUGCCUAUAGAGUUCAUGUCUGCGAGCACUGUGGUUUAGUCGCAAUUGCCAAUCUUAAGAAGAACUCCUUUGAGUGUAGAAGUUGCAAAAACAAAACUGACAUUGUUCAGGUGUAUUUACCUUAUGCCUGUAAGCUUCUUAUUCAGGAGCUCAUGUCCAUGGCCAUUGCCACAAGGUUGCUAACAAAUGAAGUGAAAUUAUCGAAAGAAUGAAAGUUAGCAGCCUAAGCAAUCACUAUUCCAAUUCCUAAUUGCUUCUGAAUAGAAAAGGCCAUCUUAAGAUCAUGGGUAAUAAUAACUCCAAUUUCGUAUCAAUUGAGGGCCAAUGAAAGAACAGUAUCCAAAGUUUUUUACAUUUUAGUGAACUCAACUUUAUAGAUAUAUUAUUGGUGAAAAACCAUGACAAAUUUGGAUCCCGUUUCUUUCUGUGGGUCUUUCUAGUGGCGUUGUAAAGGCUUGCUGAACAGUUGGUCCAUUGCUGCAACAUUGUUGGUC